AAUGUAAGAAUAACAUUCACUAUUCUUUUGCCCUGAAAAUGAAGAGAGUGAAAUUAUAAAAGCAAAGACAUAUGAUGUUUAAACAUAAAGAAUAGCUGCUAGCUUUUAUUCACAAUUUUCAGAUGGCACUGACUCUUUAAUGGAUUUACGACGGCAACAUUAAUGCAAUUCUGCUUGCUCUUCAUCUAGUUUACAAUCCUCUAGAACUCUACCAGAUGAAUGUAUGCAACAUAAUUAUUCAAAAUGUUUAGGUACAAAAAGACACUUAAAUUUUAGAUUUAGACAUCUUAUCCGAAGCUGCUAAGUAAUCAUUUAAUUUUGUCUUCAAAACAUAAGAAGAUUGGUUAGAACAUUUCAAAUAAAAAUGUCUUAUAUUAGAUACAUUUUUCAAAGAUUGUGCUUUUAAUUCAUUGAUAGAAAAAGAAAUUUAAAAUGAAGAUUACAAAAUUAAAUAAGGCAUAGUAUUAACUGUAGAUUACUUUACAAACUUAUUCACCCUUUCUUUAUAUCUUAUAUGGAAAUGGAUUUAAAAUGAAAAUUAAAUGGAUAUGACUAACUAUGUUUCAUGUUAGAAUUCAAUCCCAAUAUUUUUCAAUCUAAUCUUUUAAUAUCGCUUUAAUGAAUUAAAAAAUGAUAAAAUCUUUAUAGCAUUUAUAGAAUAAACCAUUUAAACUAUUUCAAAAUUGAAAUUUGAAGAUGAAUAACAAUCUAAACCAUAUUUAGGUGUUGGAAUGAGUUAAAAUUCUAAGCCUCUACCUGUACUUAAAGAAAAUGAGAUAUUUCCUUGGUAUCCAGAAGAAGUAGCCAAAAUAUUAAGCAUCAUCAAUUAAACCUUUUAUGCUGAUCUACAAAUUAAAAAUGUAGUUGUUAAAGGAGGUCUUAAAUAUGUAAAAUUAUAUUUUAGCAUAGUAUUUCAAAAGAAUUAAUACUUUCUCAUAAUAUAUCAUAUAUUCAGUAGUAAAAAGUCCUUGUAAAUAUAAAAGAUAAGAAGCUUUAUCAUAUUGGAUUGAUUUAGCAGAAAAAUUAUAAAUUCAAAAUGAUCUGGAGGGAUUAUUUAUAGUUUUCAAAUAUGGCAUAUAAUUAUUAUUGAAAGAUUAUAUUUCAACAAUGCCAAUAUUAUUCAAGCAUUAAAAUCGUAUUUCAAAAAUUAAUGCUUAUUAUGAACAACAAAUAAAAGAUAAUCUAAAAAAUAUUAAACCUAAUGUAAAAGGUUAUAAUAUUCCUUCCUUUCAAAAAUAUUAAACUCAUAUAAAGAGAUUGGAAUUGUAAGCAAAACAAAAUAGAUAGGCUUUUGAAUAAAUUGCCAGCCUUUUAGCAGAAUUGGUAGAGAUUUCAAAAUAAUAAUAAUAAAAAUAAUCUAUUAUGAAUCAUUAAGUAUAUAUAGAAAAUAUUAUUCAGUUAUCAUUUUAAGAGUAACAAAUAGCCAGAUUUUUAACUUAAGGUAUAGAAAAUGAAUUAGAGAACAACCUUAAAAUUCCUCUAGAAAAAGAAACUUUGGUAUAUAUUGAAUUAAUCAAAUUGUCAAAAAUAAUGAAUUGA